AAAAGGCAGCCGCUGCUCUUGUAGCGCUCGCACCUUGGACGGACACAGCCACACCUGAGCACUGCGAAAAGUAUGUCCGUCCAAGAAGUUGCAGGAGCGCUCGAACUUGCGUUUAACGGUCUUGGUGAGUACUAUGGUGCUAUUGCCAAAGACCCGAAAACAUCAGAGAAAGAAAAAGAUGCAUGCUUGGCUUUUGUGGAAGCAGAAGGAAAACUGGACAAGGAGGAUGUAGAUGGGUGCCUGUCUCUGUCCAAGACUGCGGUUCAGAAGUUUGAGGCAAUCAAGCAUGCGACUGGCGCUGCAGAUACGCUCAGAAUGAUGGUUUUAGCCUACCGGAUCCAAGCUGACGUACUGCGAAGUGCAGAAGAGGACAAGUCCAAAGAAAUCAAGGCCGCUUUGAGCACGGCAGAGGGCCUUGCCCGAGAGCACAUUGCCAAGUUCAACGGAUCUGGGGACAAGCGCAGUGAGGCAGUUCUCCUCCUUGCAGCAGGGGAGAUCAACUACAACAAACGAGGUGGAAAGAAAAGAGCAGAGGCAUUUGAAGACUUGAAGAAAGCGCGGUCUCUAGCAAAAGAAGCUGGCGACAAGAAGGUAGAAGCUACUGCCAUUUUCGUUCAAGCUAACGCAGCCAUCAAGCUCCGGCAGAAUGAUGACUCCUAUGCUUUUGCACAGGAGUCAUACAAGCUGUACGAGGAAGCAGCUGACAAGAAGGGUCAGGGAAAGGCACUCCACAUUAUGGCCUUGGCCCAGGUUUUGGCUGAAGAUUUUGACGACGGAAUCAAGACGGCAGAGCAAGCCCUAGCCAUUUUCAAAGAGCUGGAGCUUCGAAAGCUGGAAGCCUUUGAACUUUUCAUCAUUGCGCACUAUUACCUCACACGAAAGAUGGGCCGUGAAGCCAUUCCAUAUGCAGAGGAUGCCUUAGAGCUCUUCAAGGAAGUGGACUUUGAUGGCUCCGGUUGGACCUCCAACGCAUUUGAUUGCCUUACGCAAGCGUUCAUUUGCAAGGGUGAUGCAAAGAAAGCAAUGAUCAUUUCCGAGGAAGCUGUGGAGUACUUUCAACGCAAAAAAGACAAGCGAGGACAAGUCAUGGCUUUAAGCACUUUGGCAAACUCCUACUGUGCAAAGGGCGACUAUGAAGCAGCGGUCCCCUUGAUUGAGGAGACACGUGAGAUCAUUCAGAGCUUGGAUGACAGUAGGUGGGAAGCCAGCAUCCUGCACCAGCUGGCAUCGGUUCACAUGCUGCGUGAAUCAUACGCCGAAGCUGCUUUUGCAGCAGAGGAAGCCAUCUCAAUUUACCAGGAUCUCAAAGAUAGGCAUAGUGAGGCCUUGGCUAUGAACUACAUCACCCAGGUUGCUAUUGCCAAGAAUGACUACGAAAAGGCCAUACAGACAGCUCAAGAGCAAGCCGCGAUCUUCAAUGAGACUGGCGAUAAGAGCAAGGAAGCCUCAUGCCUCUUGACUGUUGCCACAGUCCACGGCACAGAGGGUAGGCUGGAUGAUGCCCUGCGAGUGGCCAAGGAAGCACAGGAGCUCUUCCAGGAAAAGAAGGACAGGUCAGGUGAGGCGAGAGCGCUGAAUGUUCUGGCAGACAUUUACUGCGACUUGCGGGAGGUGGAGCAGGCUGUGGCCUUGGCCAAGGAGAUGCGCGACAAGCUGCACGAGACAGGCCUUAGCCUUGCAACAUUUGCCAAUGGUGUGCGCCCCAGUCAAGUCGAGCUCGGCUCCUUGAACUUGGUGCAAACCCGCGUGGCCAGAUGCACCGACGUUGGACAAAACCCGCUGGACCGUGGAGUUGAAGUCCAAUGUUGUCCAGGAUUGAAGCAACAAAACCUCAAUGGGGUGGUGUCCUGUCAAAAGAUUGAAGUUCCUUGCAGCCAGGAAGGCGAUGAUCCUCACAGCAGUGAAAUCUACUUAGGUUGCUGCCCAGGGCUUCAAGAAUGCAAACUUCCACUGGGUCGCCAGGGACAUUCCGGACAUUCCUUUUGCUCACAGUCCUGCGUUGUUCCGCAGGAAGCUUCUUGCUUAUGCGUUUUUGACAUAGAUCGCACACUUACGGCAAAGCAGGGGUCAGCAGCUGAGUGUCCUGGCACGAAAGAGCUGGAGAUUGUUGACGCGGCGUAUGGUGUUGGCAAAGCAACUCUCUCAGCUCUGGCUGUUGCAGGCAUUGACAAAACAUUUUGCAAAGAUUGCUAUUUGGGUAUUUGCUCUGCUGGUUAUGGCAGUGGUGUUACUUCUGAAUGGAACCAAUAUAUUCUCAACACUAUCAUGAAGACUAAGCUGCAGGACCAUCUCACUGAAGAAUUUCCCUUUAUCAAGGACUGGUCUUUGGGGCCCGUUGACCAAGUGCAUCCAUUGCUGAAGUCCCCUUACGUGUUAAACCAGCCACAAGAACUGAAGCCUUUGGCGGUGGAAGGUAUUCGCCGGUGGUAUGAGAUGAUGUUUAACUUUACCAUCCCAAAGGCUGCUGUACACUUCUUUGAUGACCGGGCUGAAAAUGUCGAGCUGUUCAGUGACCUUGGCAUUCCUGCAAGAGAAGUAUCCUGUGCUUCACGCGCCGGUGGUGGUAUCGGCUUGUGUGGGGCGUUGCCGGAUGAAAUCCUGAGCUUUGGUCCUUCUCUGUGUGAUGGAAAAGCCUCCGCAAACUCGUCCAGCGAUAUGCGGGCCGAGGCCGCAGCUCCAAUCCAUGUUGGUGCCAUCCGGACGCUCUCGAACAUUUAUCUGGCUUCUGAGAUGCCUGGUGAAUCUGUGAGAGCCGCCAACGAAGCAGUCCAGCUAAGCAAACGAGUCCACGACCGAAGGCAGCUGGCUGAGAAUCUGAUCUUGUCUUCAGAGGCAAACAUUGCCCUCGCCAUGCAGGACAACCCCAAGGGCUUGGCCAAGGGCUCCGAGAGAUCCCUGAAGCCUGCGAAGGAAGCCUUCAAGGUGGCCAAAUCCAUCGGUGCAGGAAAGCUAAUGGGAAUGGCAAUGCAUCAAACGGCUUACGUGUUGCUCGUCACGGUGAAGCCUGAUGAUGCUCUGAAGGCUGCCCGCGAAGCGGUGGACAUCUUCCGCCAAGUGGACGAGCGAGCCAGAGAAGCUGGCUCCGUCAUCCUGAUAGCUGAGAUCUACCACAGCAAAAAUGAAGAUGAAAAGGCGUUGGAUGCUGCGAACGAAGGGCUGAUGCUGGCAAAGGCCUGCGGAGACCCCAAGAAAGAGAAGGAUGCCAACAAGCUGGUUGAACAGAUCGCAGGGAAGAAGUUCGCCUACUACCAGCCUUACCCUGGUGAUAUGCCUGCAAUGCCACAGCAAGCAGAGGGCGGAGGUGGUGGUGGAGCUGCUGCUGCAUCAUCUGUAGCAGAAGUAAAGCAGGUGGGCUUGGACCCCGGCAUGGUCCAGGCCACCGUGUCAGAGAUGGCGAAACAGGCCAUUGGUGUAGAUGAUGAGCUUUUCCUGGACAGCGCUCUGAUGGACAGUGGAAUGGACAGUCUGACAGCUGUGUCUUUCCGAAAUGGCCUUCAGCAGCAGCUGGGCGUAAAGCUUCCAUCGUCCUUGAUGUUCGAUUACCCCACCAUGAAGGAGGUGGCCAAUCGCAUCGUGGAGCUGAGCAUCGAGAACGCGUGAGACGAGAGUUGUAGGGAGCUGCGCUGACACGCUUCCCCGACUCAGAGGUGUUGAGCAUCACUAAGCCACACAGCCCAAAUACCAUAGUCUCCCAUAUCAAAACGGGUUAAGCCGGUUGAG